AUGUCUAUCUGGGCCAAAUUAGGCUUGAACCCCCGGGAGAUGCGCAAGGCCCGGCAGGAGGCGGGCAAGUUUCUAGGUCCAGAUCCACCAAUUUGGGACGAUAUGGGCACCGAUAUCCAGGAACGUAAAGUCGAGAGUUACAUCCAAUACCUCCGCAAUAACCAGAACAAUACUAUUGCAGACAAGCUCAGCGUCGACAAGGAGGCUGUCUUUGAGCUGUUGAGGACGCGUACUAAAACCCUUCGUCACUCUGGAAAGGGUAAACCUCUUGCUGUGGACCUUUGA